UUCGAAAGCCGGACUCGCGUGGAUUAGCAGAAAAUAACCCUGAACGGUGGAAUCAGCAGAUCCGCUCCCAGUCGUGUUGUGCGUCUCAUAGUGUUAACAAGUGACAUCAAACAUGGUUCUGGACACAGAGGACUGGGCUGAUGAGCUCCCCCCAGAACAAAUUGCCGUCCUGAGAAAAGCUUUCGAUGGCUUCGACCACAACCGCUCGGGCAGUAUCCCCUGCGAUUUCGUCGCGGACAUACUUAGGAUGAUGGGGCAACCCUUCAACAAGAAGAUCCUUGAAGAACUCAUCGAAGAAGUCGACGCUGACAAGUCCGGCCGACUCGAGUUCGGCGAGUUCGUUACCCUUGCCGCCAAAUUCAUCGUUGAGGAAGACGCCGAGGCUAUGCAGAAAGAGCUGAGGGAAGCAUUUAGAUUAUACGACAAGGAAGGCAACGGUUACAUUCCCACGUCUAGCUUGCGCGAGAUCUUGCGAGAGCUGGACGAGCAGCUCACAGACGAGGAGCUGGACGGCCUUAUCCAGGAGAUCGACACAGACGGCAGCGGCACCGUAGACUUCGACGAGUUCAUGGAGAUGAUGACAGGAGAAUAAAACGUGUAUUUCUAUUCUUUUUUUACUUUUAUGGUCUAAUUUAAGGAAUAUCUACAUUUCGGUACCUACUUCAACCUUUCGAAUCUUGGGAUCAUUGGACAAGAUAACUUUUCAAAGUCAACUGAAAGGAACAGACGAAUUUUAUCGGCAAUAAUAAAGUAUUAUUGUAUGUAUUGUACAAAAUAAUUAUUUGUUCAUUUGAUGUGUGUGAUUGAGUAAUGUUUAUACCUACUUAUUAAUAAAUCUUUUAUUCUACUA